AUGUUUAUGUUUAUUACAGCCAUUCAGGUCAAAGCCCGAGUGCCGGGAAGUAUAUACUCAGACCUGAGACGGGAGGGCGUCCUUAAGGAGACCCUACUGUCCGGCAAUAAUGACCUGAAGUAUCGGUGGGUUUCGUACGACAACUGGACUUUUGAGCGAAUAUUUAAUGUCGACGAGAAGCUAUUGAGCAAACAAUAUGUGUAUUUGUUGGCCAACGGUAUCGACACUGUCAGCGAAGUUACCGUAAAUGACCGACUGAUAGGCCGAACAGACAAUCAGUUUAUACGGUAUAAGUGGGACGUAAAACACGUGCUAAAAGUGGGACAAAACACGGUUCGUGUGUCCAUACAGUCGGCGCCGUUAUAUUCAAUGCAAAAGUCUAAGGAAUACAAAGAAAAAUACAAAUAUGAAGUUUACCCAUGUGCCAAAACAGAUAAUAAUGAGUGCAAUUAUGAUUUCAUCCGAAAAAUGGCCGCUUCUUAUAGUUGGGAUUGGGGUCCGGCGUUUCCCACACAAGGCAUAUGGAAAUCACUGGGAGUUGAGUCGUACGACAGGGCAGUCAUACGAGACAUUAUGGUAGACACGAAACCGGACCCAAAAACACCCGAUCGGUGGACAUUCGCCGUUAACGCACACAUAGAGACCGGAUCUCAGACACCAUUGGAUGCUAUUAUAGACAUAACACUCGACGGCAAACCACUGGUGGCUAAACACAGCCAACGACUGACUGCCGACCCCUUGGGUGCAGUGAAAGCCGAUUUCGUGAUCACAAUUCCGGAGGACAUACCCAUCACUGCGUGGUAUCCCAACGGUGUGGCCGACAAUACACAGCAGUUAUACUCACUUCAAGUCCGGCUCUCAUUCGCCGACAGUCAGGAAGUGUCGGCUCAGACCAAACGAAUCGGUUUCCGGACUAUACGUCUGGUGCAGAGCACGACCCCCGGCGAUGGCCUCACCUUUUACUUCGAGGUCAACGGACAGCCGGUGUUCGCCAAAGGGUCCAAUUGGAUACCGGCUAACGUACUCCAGGAGGACCUGACCGAGGCUUACGUCCGGGAUUUGUUGGUCUCCGCGCGCGCGGCCAACAUGAAUGUGUUGCGUGUGUGGGGCGGAGGGGUGUAUGAGUCGGACGUGUUUUACGGUUUGGCCGAUGAGUUGGGAAUAAUGAUAUGGCAGGACAUGAUGUAUGCCUGCGCUCCCUAUCCCGGGAAUCCGGAGUUCAUACUAUCAGCCGAUGUGGAGAUUAGUCAACAAAUUCAACGUUUACAACACCACCCGUCCAUCGCUCUUUGGGCCGGUAACAACGAGAUUGAAUGGCUCAUGACUGGCCAGGAUGAGAUACAUCGGGUGGACUACAGGGAGUUGUUUGUAAAACACAUGCAAACACUGGUGACCGGCGCCGACACCAGUCGGCCAUUCGUGACCUCCAGUCCAUCAAACGGGUUGAGGGAUGCGAUAGAGAACUAUACGGUUAAAAAUCCCAUUGACUUUCGGUAUGGAGACGUCCAUUACUAUGACUACUCGACCCCGCAGUGGGACUCAAGUGUAUACCCGAGGGGUAAGUUUAUCUCUGAGUUCGGCCAACUGUCCUACCCUUCACUGGACACCUGGUUGUCAGCGUUGCCCGACUCUGACAUGACAUACCCGGCCAGCGCUGGUGUACAGCAUAGGAACCGUUUGGGUUAUCCACCUGGUGUCAAUGGCAGCAAAGUGAUCGAGCAACUUAUUGCAAAUUACUUUAAGCUGCCGGCUCCGGUAGGUAUUGAACGGUUCGCAGACUUGAUAUACUUGUCUCAAAUACAUCAGGCGAUGGCUAUUAGAUCACAGGUAGAGCUCUACCGACGCAACCGUGAGGUCGACCCUCAGACAGGCUUUGGUGGGACAAUGGGUGCCCUGUAUUGUCGUGAUUAUCUUUAUCAAUAA